AUGGGGUUAGAUGCAGAGAAAAACAAAUUUGACCUUAUAGAUGUAGAACCCAAAAGCAUAGAAUUUUAUUAUGACAGCAUAGAAAGCUUCGAGGAAUUUGUUGAAAAAAAAAAAAAAGUGAUAGAAAAAAAAGUUAUAAAAAUAAAAAAUAUAUGCACAAAAAUUCAAAACAUAAAAAUAUUCGAAUCUGAAUCGAAAUAUUUAAAAAUAAAAGGAAUAAAAAAAAAAAAACUUGCUCCAGGUACUUAUGAAAAAAUACUAGUCGAAUUUUCAUUUUGUGAUAUAAAUAUAAAUAAAUAUAAAUAUGAAAAAAUAAAAAAUAUUUUAGAUAUAAUAAAUAAUAUAGAGGGAACUAUAAAUGUGAAAGUACAAAGUGAAUACACAACAUUGUAUAUUCCUAUAUAUAUAAAAAAGAAGGUUCCGAUAUUUAAAUUUAAUAAUAUAUUUAAUUUAGGAUUAUGUAAAACAAAUCUAAUUUAUGAUGUAAAACUAGAAAUAAAAAAUGUUGGAAAUAAAAAAGGAACUUUAUGUCUAGACAAUAUAAAUAAUGAAAUGGUUGAAAAUGAUGGGAAUAAAAAUAGUAAUACUAUUUCGAAUGGUAAUAAUAAACAUAUUGUUGAAAAUAAUUUGUUCAUUUAUUUUGACAAAAGUACGAUUUGUCUAAACCCUAAUGAAACCGGUACAAUUAAUAUUAAAAUAAAAAAUAAAAACGAAGAAAAAAUCCAAAAAACUUAUAAAAUAAUUACACAAGAAUAUAGUUACUUUUCUCAAACUCCUAAAAAUUUAACUAUUAUCGCAUUUUUUAUAAAUAGCCAAGUAUCAUUUAUAUAUGAUAAUAUGAAAACAAAUCAAAUAAAUUUGAAUUACAUUUAUUUUGGAAAUUCGAAAAGAAUUAAUGGGCAGAUAAAAAAUGAAAAUCAGUAUCCAGUUAUUUGUAAAUUAAAAAAAACUGAAGUUAAGAUGUUUUAUGAUUCUAAGGAGUUUGCUUCCCAUGCUGUUGACAGAGGUGUAGAUGUUCGUACUCUUUUGAUGGAUUUGGAUAAUUUUCCCGAAUUUGAUAUUAACAAUGAUGAAAAGAAAAAAAGUGAAGAAAAUAUUUUAGAUGUAGGCAAUAAUUUAAAAAUAGAAGAAAAAAUAAAAAUAAAGUUAGAGAAACAAAAUGAUAUUUAUUUCAUAGACAAACAAAGUUGUACUGAUAUUUUAUUAUAUAUCGAAAUAGAAUCAUGUGUGGAUAUUUUAAAUAAAAUUGAUAAAAAUUAUUCAUAUAUGUUAAACUACCCAGUAAUGGCAGAAAUAACAAUAACUGCAAAUAAAUGUGAUGAAAAAAUUGUAGAAAAAUAUAAGGGUAUUACUAAUAAGAAAAAAACAACUAUUGAACCAAGAAAAAAUGAGAAGGUUGGAAAGGUUCGGAAAAAUGAAAAAAAUGAAAAAAUUUCAAAUAAAGCGUGCAAUGACGAUUGUGAAGAAGAUUUAAAAUUUUAUGUAUUUUUUUGUUUAACAUUUCCAUCAAUCGUUUCAAAUAUGUAUUUUUUAAACUAUGAUAUGGUAGGGCAAAAUGAAGAAAAAACAUUGAUUUUAGAGUUAAAUAAUUUAAAUAAAUUUCUAAAAAUAAAUUAUAAUUUUUCUAAAGUUUCUCAUAUAUAUCUAAAUAAAAAAGAAGGUGUUAUAAAUCCAUUGUCUAAAGAUAUUAUUUCUCUUAAUUUAAAAUGUAAUGUAAUUAAAAAUAUAGAUGAAUAUUUAUAUUUAUUUUUUUGUAAUAAAUUAUAUUUUUUUGUGUUUUUUGUAAAAGCGCAAAUCAUAAAAACAACAUCAAUAGGAAGAUCGAUAGUUAUAAAAAAUGAAAAAAUGAUAAAACAAAAUAAUAGAAACACAAUUGAGUUAGAAAAAUUUUCCAUUUCCAAAAUAGGAGAUGAAAAUUUAAAUGAAGAUAUAAUUUAUGAACAAAUUUUAAAAAAGUUAGAUUUAGAAAGAAUCGACAAAAAUUUAUAUUCAUUAGAUGGUAAAUUAGACAAAUAUAAAUAUAACGAAAAAUUUAUGUCUUUUUUAAAGGAAAAUAAAAAAAAAUAUAAUGAUAUAUUAAAAUAUAUGUAUAAUAAAAGAGAUGAGAAAAAAGAGAAGCAAGGAAUAAAGAAGCCAAUACCUGAAAAUGAAAGAAUUAAUAAUAUAAUAAAUGAUAAAUUUAUAUAUAUAAGUGAUAAACAAAUAAUAAAAAAUGCCAACAUGUUUAUAAAUAAAUCUAUAUAUGACGAAAAAAGGAAAACAUAUAUUGAUAUGAAAAAGAGAAAAGAAAUAAAAAUAUUUAAUAUUAAAAAAAGUAAUGAGAAAAAAGAGGAUAUUCAAUUAGAAUAUAGUGAUGUAUUAGAAGAAAACCAAAUUAAAAAUCUUAUUUUUGAUAAAAUAAUUUAUUUUAAUUAUGUUUUGUUUAAUCAAGUAUAUACAAAAAUGUUUAAUGUACAUAAUACAAAUGAUGAAUGUAAUAUAAAAAUUAAUUUCAUACAUAGUUCUAAUUUAAAUUUAGAUAAAAAUUUAUUAUUUAUAAAAGGAAAUUCAAAAGAAAUGGUAAAAACUAACUUACUUUUAAACUUACCUAUUAUAAAAACAGAAAUGGAGAAUUGGAGCAAAACAAUAGACACUAAUGAAAUAAAAUAUGGAAAUAUUUGUAAUGACGAAAAGAAAAAUUUUCAACUUUUAACAGAUCAUACAUUUAAUCCAAAAGAGAAAAAUAAUUUAUCAUUAUAUGAGACAGAGGAGUUUUCAAAUAAUAAGAAAACUUAUUUAUUUGAUCAUAAAUAUUAUACAGAAAAUAUAAUAUUAAAGAUUAAUGAUAAUUAUGAAGAUAUGAUAGUUGUUAAGGGAAAUAUAAUACUUUUAAAUAUAGUCAUUAAAAUAAAUACAUUAUAUUUUUAUUUUAAAAAUUCAGACAUAUCUAUGUUUUGUGAAAAUAAUUUAAUUUUAUAUAAUCCCUUUAACAUUCCCAUUCCUAUCACACUUGAAUUCUCCAAAAAUAUUUUUGAAGCAAAAAACAAACUUGUUAUAAACCCUAGUGAAUAUAAGACUGUGCCAAUCAAAUUUAUAGGAACAAAAAAUAUUGAGCACAUGGAUAAUUUUAUUAAUUUGUAUUUAGACAAUAAUAGACUUUACAAAAGAAUAAAAUGCAUAUUUGAUAUAAAUAAAUGUUCUUGCAGAAUAAAUGUAAAUGAAAUAAAGUUUGAGAAUAUAAUUUUAAACAAAAAAUAUUUCAAGCAUUUUUACCUGACCAAUACAGGCGAUAUUCCGGUUGUCUUUAAUUGUGUUGCCAAACCAGAUUGUGUUAAUAUUUAUUAUAAAUAUAAUUAUGUUAAUAAGAAUGAAAGUGUUAAAAUUAUAGUAUCAAUAAAAUUGAAAGAAAAUAAACAAAUAAAAGAUAAAAUAAUUUUGUCUAUUCGUGGGUCUGAUAAUAUUAUUAUUCCUAUUAUUGUUACAAAGGUUUAUUCAAGCAAUUUAUUAUUUCUUAAUGACAUUAAAAUAGACCAAGAAACAAACGAAUUAAAAAGGUAUGAAAUUAAUAUUGUAAAUAAAGGAGGGUGUGAAGAAAAUGUGAUUUUAAAUUUAAGUGAAUUUAACUUUUUAAAUAUUGAAUUAAAUAAAAAAACAGAAAAGAAUAGAAUAAUAUAUAAUAAUAAAGAAUAUAAAAAUGUAAGAGAUAUGAAAGAUGAUUUUAUGAUUUUAAAAAAAAUAUUUAAGACAGAAUAUGAAAAUGUUAUAACCAAUAAAUGUGUAAAAUAUUAUUUUAAUAAAUUAAUAGAUUUAUAUAAUUUUUUACACAAUUUUAGUAAAAAUAAGUUUAAAAUUAUAUUUGUAGAAAAUAAAAAUAAGGAUAUAAAAAUAAAUGAGAAAAAUAUGUACAAAAUAAAAAUAUCACCAAAGUGUUUUGUUUCCUUAUAUAUUCAAUGUUAUUAUAAUAAUAUAAUAAAAAAAGAAAUAAAAUUUAACAAAAUAUUAUUUGAAAACAAAUGUUUACAUGAAUUAUCAAAUGAAGUUAUAAAUAUAAAUAUUCAAAAUAGCCAAUUGAGUAUAUCACCAAAUUUGCUAUUUUUUCAAAAUAUUAUACCUUACAAUUCUGAACGAGCUUUCAUAACUUAUUAUAAAAAAGAAGCAAUUAAAAAAAUAAAAUUAAAAAAUAAUUAUAGCUACCCUAUUAAAUGGAGAAUAUUAUUAUAUGACAAAAAACAAAAAGACAAUUUAUUGGAAGCAUUAGUUCAUAAUUUUGUAGAAAUAGAAAGGAAACAAAUUAUGAAAAAUAAUGAAGAUAGUAAUGAAAAAAUCGAAAUAAACAAAGCACUUCCUAGACCGAUUCAAAAAAAAGAUGUUAAUAUAAAUUCAAAGAAAGGAUGUAUUCAAGAAAAUGUAGGAAAUAAAUCGAAUGAAAGAAUUGAAAAAAUGUACGAAAUCGAAAUGAGUGAAGAAAGUGGAAUAAUAAAAGCAAAUGAAGAAAUUGAAGUUGAAGUAAAAUUAAAAAAUUGUAAAGAUAUAGGAAAAUUUGUAGAUAUAUUGGAAUUAAAAACAAGCGUUGUAAAAAAUGAACAAGCAGAUAAAAUCUUUGACGAAAAAAAAUAUUGUAUAUAUAUUUUAUCAGUAUUUGAAAUUCCUAAAUUAUAUUUUGACAUUACAUAUAUAAAUAUAAUAUAUAAUAAACUAAAUGAUACAUUUACUUUCCCUUUUAAAAUAUAUAACUAUGGAUAUAGUUAUGUAAGAAUAAAUUACAAAUUUGAAAAUUUAUAUACAGAUUUUUUUUUUCUGUCAUUAGAUUUUAUACAAGGAAAUGAAAUCGACAUAAAAACAAAAAAAAUUAAUGUAGAGUUAAAAUGUAAAUCAAUUAAAAAUUUAAAAUUUAAAUCAGAAAUUAUAAUUAGUAUAUUAGAUUAUGAUAUUUAUAAAAUACCAGUGUUUAUAAACAUUGAUGAAAACAUUGAUUAUUUUUUGGAAAAAGUAGAAUAUGAAAAAUUUGAUCCAUUAACAAGUCAGGUAAAUAAUUCUAAUUUUAAUGGAUAUAUGUGUAAAGAAAAUUCAAGAUCAAAAUUAUCUGAAAUAAUAGAUGAAGUAGUCUGGACAGAUAAAAGGUUUAACUCUGAUACUAUUGUUAAUGAUAAUAAAAUUGAAAAUGAUAAAAUAAAUUGUGCAACUGAUUGUAGCUAUAAUGAAAUAAAAGAAAUGGACAAAAAUAAAGCAAAUAAUUAUUUUAAAAAUGUAAACGAUAAUUAUCAUAUUUCCAAUGUUAGCGAGCAAAAUAAUGAGUUACUCUCUUUUUAUUGUAAAAAUAUAUGUAUAGAAAAUUGUAAUAUAUUUAAAAAAAAGUGUAUAUAUAAAAAUUUAAAAAUUAAUAAUAUAAGAAAUGUAUAUUAUAAUAAAGAAAAUGAAUUCAUUGAAAUAAAUGAAAUACCAAAAGAUUAUGUUUUUGUAUUUCUUCAAAACAUUCUAUUAAAUAAAAGUUGUUCUCCUACGUUUUUAGAAAAUACUAAUGAUUUGUUUUUAUUUUUUAUUAAUUUGUUAAUCAUUUUUUUUCAUAUAUAUCCAAAUAGAAAUAUAUAUAAUUUAUUACAUGAAAUUAAAAUAUACCAAAAUAUUUCGAUGCAAAACUUUGAAAAAAAUAUAUUUAUCCAUGAAAAUAUCCUUGCAAAUAUAAAGCAAAUUUUAAAAAGCUUAAAAGAGGAAAAACUUUUAGUGAAUCACAUAAUUUAUGAAAAUCUACUUCCCAUAGAUUUAUACUGUUGUCAUAUACUGGAUAAAGUCCCUGAUAAUUUUUACAUAAAAAAUGUGAAAUAUAAAAGAGAUAGUUUUGAAAUAAAAGAUAUAUAUAAUUUUAUUAAUAAUAAUGAUGACAAAAUAUUAUAUUUUGAUCGAAUAUUAAAAACACAUUUAAAGGUAUUUAGCUAUUCAUGGAUUACAAUUUUUUUCGAAUUAUUAAAUAAAGAAAUAUUUAAUUGCGUUAAUAUAGAAUCGUUAUAUAAAUUGAGAGGAAUUAAAUUAUGCAAUAUAGAAAACAAAGUUCAUGAAAAUAUCAAAAUACAAAAAAUAAAUUUUUUAGUUAUUUUAAACAAAGAAAACAAUGAAUUAAAUAAACAUACAAGUAUGUUAGAAAAUAUCAGAAAUAAAACAAAAAGAGAAAAAAUAAAUGGGGAUCAUAAUAUUAAUGAUGGAAAUAAAAAUAUAAAAUUUGCUCAAAUUAAUGAAGAAAAAAAAGGGAAAAAAAUAAACAAAAAAAUUAAUAAUAUUAAAAAUGGAGUUAUAAAGAUAAGGAAACAACCAACUACAAUAAAAAAAAUGGGUACCAAAAAAAAAGACCUAGAUUUAAAUUAUUUCAAUUUUUAUGAAAAUAAUUUAAUUGAUUUAAAAUAUUUGGUUAAUAAAAUAAACAAUUUGGAUUUAUGGAGUGAUAAAGGAGGCGAUCAAAAAGAAAAAGAAAAUAAAAUGAUGUUAGAAAAGUGUCAAAAUAAAAAAAAAGACACACACAAAAAAGAAAAUCAAAUAGUUAGCACCAAUCAAACAAACAUCUCUAAAUAUUAUAAAAAUGUUGAAUAUAUACUUUUUGAAUGGCUAUAUUUUCAUUACAAUAAUGUGUAUUAUAAUAAGGUAAAAAAUGAACAAUACAUAUUUAAGAAUAAAGAAAAUGAAUAUGCUAAAAAUGAAAGCAACUCAAUUGAUGAUAAUAAUUGUAAUUCUAAUAAAUUGAAUGAUAUGCAGAAAAAUGAUGAUAAUUCUUCUGAAUAUAUGAAUAAUGAAAGUUCAUAUAAAAAUUUGGAUAAAUCUAACUUUUAUAGAGAAGAAAAUAAAAAAAAAUAUAUUGUUAGCGAAAACAAACUGAAAAUAACAAAUAUAUAUAGUUUAAAAAAUUUAGUGAUUAUAUUAUAUACAAUAAUUUCACACAUACCAUAUUUUUUAUUUUUUAAAAACAAAAUAAAAGUAGAAUGUAAAAAUAAAAAGGAUUACAUGCAUAAUAUUGAUAUUUUGUUAGUAAUUUUAAAUGAAAUCAAAUUAAGUAAUUUAAUAACUAGACAGGUUCUUAUCGAUUUUAAUUAUAUUCACAUAUUUUUAUUUUUAAAUUGCUUAUAUUUUAUAUUACCAAAUUAUUUACCUAAGUAUUAUUUAGAUGUCGAUGAUAUUCAAUCUUAUAAAAGUGAUCGAAUUCUAAUAAAAGAAGAGAUUGUAAAAAAAAAAAAUACUAAAAAACAUAAAAAAAAUGCCGAUUUACACAAAGACAAUGAAGGAAAAAGAAAUCUUAAAAAUAAUAAUGACAAAAGCAUAGAUCAAAAUGAAAGAAUAAUAUUAAUAUAUAAUUUAAAUAAUAAUAAAUGUAGAUAUACAGUUUUCUUAAUAGGAUGUAGUAAAUAUGAAAUCGACAAAGAAUAUAUAGAAAUCGAUUCUCAUAAAUCAGAAGAAAUUAAAUUAAAAAUAGAUCCAAAUUACGACAAAGCAAUAUUAAAAUAUGAUUAUAAUAUUAACAUAAAAUUCCCAUCUUUUACUAAAAAAAUAAAUGAUAUUCACAAAAAAGACAACUUGUUAAGUCAUGAAAAUAUUAAUAAUAUUAUACCUUACCAAAAAAAUACAUCAAAUUUUGGAGACUAUCCUUCUAUAUCUUCUUAUUCUAUUGAUAGUUUUCAAUCUUCUUCAUCUUAUGAUGGAAUUCAAAAUGUUGAGGAAAAUAACAACUAUGAAAAUAAUUUUUGUCAUAAUGAAAAUUAUACCAUAUUAGUAUUACGAAAAGAAAGCAAUUUUUUCCCAGGAGAUAAUGACGAGGAAAAAUUUAUUUGUAUUAAACUGGUUGAAACAAAUAAGAACGAAUUAAAAUCCGAAAUAGUGAGGAAUAAUAGUAAUUUAUUGGUGGAAGGAAAGGAAUGGAAUAAAUUGAAUAGCAAUUUAAAGUUUGAAGAAGGGAAGGUGAAUAUGAAAAGUGCUAAUGGAGCAAAUUCAUCAAAAAUAAACAUAAUGUUGAAAAAUAGUGAAAUAAAAUGCUUUAACAUGAGGGGUAAAAUAUAUGAAAACAAAAGUGUAGAAAUAAAUUUAAUAAACGAUAUCUCGAAAAAGGUGGACAUAAAUAUGAAUAUGUAUCAUAUAUAUGUUAAAAAUUUAAGGAGUGAAGAAAUUAAAAAGGGAAAUUUCUCUAUAGACAUAUUAAAUAAUAAGAAUAAAGAAAAUAUUAAUUAUAAAAAUAAAAGCAAUAUUAAUAGAAACAUAAAUGAAGAAAAAUCAUACAACCAAUGUGAUGUUUGUUCUUUACUUAAUUUUAAUUUAAAAAAAAAUUUAAAUUGUGAUAAAGAUUAUUUUAGUUGUUUUUAUAUAGAAAAUAUGAAACCAUUUGUUAGCAAAGAAAAUGAGAAAAGAACAAUCACAUUACAUUUUUGCCCAUUUAUAGAAGGAUAUUAUUUAUGUUUUUUACUUUUUUGUGCUAAAGAUAUAAAGACAAAAUGUGUAAUAUCAAGUUGUAAAUUAAAUUGUUUAUUUUAUAUUAAUAAUAUAAAGGAAGAAGAAGUUAUAAAAAUAAACUCUCAAUUAUCAAAAUUUUCAUAUCAGAUAAAAUUAACUCCAAUAAAUAAAAGGUUUUUAAAAUGUAUACAAUUUAUUUUAUGUUAUUUAAACAAAAUGGGUAAUAACGUUUUUUUAAAUUACCUAAAAAGCUACCUAAAUUAUAUAAAUAAAAUAAAUGACAAAUUUUAUAUAAUGUGUGAUAAGGCUGGUAAAACUGGGAUAAAGGAAAAACUAGGAUCUUUCCAAAAAUGUAAUUAUAAUGAUUUUUUAAAUAAAAUGAAUGAAAAUGAUUUAUGUUUAGACAAUUUUUAUGAUGAAAUAAAAGAAAAAAAUAACUAUUUAUAUGAAUUUAAUAUAAAUGAAGAAAUUAUGGGUGUAUAUGAAUAUAACAUUGUUUUGAUGACAAAUAAAGAAAUAAAAUAUAAUGAAGAUGUAAAUAAUUCUAUACAACCAUUUGGAUAUGAUAAAUUAGAAAUAUCUGAAAUAAAUGAAAAUAGUGCAUAUAAUUCAUGUAAUAAAUUGUACAAAAUAAUUGCAAGCAUAAAUAAAAAAGAAAAUAAUAAUAUUAUGAAUGUAACAUUUAAUCAAAAUGCAUAUUUAUUAUCAAAAAAAUAUGUGUCUAUAUAUAAUUAUACUAAUAAUAAUUUAAUAUAUAAAUGCUCUAGUAGCGAAGUAUUAGAUAUGAAUAAAAAUAAAAUAGAUUACAAAAUAUUUCAUUAUGAUGAAUAUAUUGAAAUAGAUAAAGAUGUCGAAUCAUUUAAUUUUGAAAUAAGAUGUUAUUCAAUUGUAGAAGUAACAUGUUCAUGUUUUAUAAUUUUAACUAAUGUACAAAAUGAGAAAGAUGUAAUAAAAAUUAAUGUAAAAGCAAAUAUUAUGAAACCAUACCCUAAAGAUACAAUUCAUUUAAAAAUUUUAAAUAAAAUGAAAAAGGCAGUAAGUAUUGAAAUUUAUAAUGAGUUAGAUUUUCACUGUGAAUAUAAAAUUUAUUCAGAUUUAUCAAUUAUAUUUGGGGAUCAAAAAAUAGAAAUGCUUCCAAAGCAAAAGAAGGUUUAUACUUUUUUUGUUAGAAGCAUACAUAUAGGGGAAUUCAUUGGGUGCAUUAUAUUUAAAUGUUUUCGAAUACUAGAUGAGAAUAACAUAAAGGAUUCUAGAUAUAUGAUUGAAAAUGAUUCUAAUAUUACAUCUAAAAAAUUUUCUUUGGUAAAUUCCUUUUUUUGGUAUAAAUUAAAAGUUACAGUAGAUUUAAACAAACCGAUCAAUGUUUUAAUGCUCGAAAGUAAUAUAGGAGAUGUGUUAAAUAAAGAAAUAGUGUUAAAAAAUAACGGAAAUAAAAAAGAAGAAUAUUUUUUACUUUUAUAUAUGAAUGAAUAUAUAGAAAAAAAGAAAAUUGAAAUAUCAGCAAAAGACGCAUAUGUAUACACAAUAAGAUAUGCUCCAAAAAUACCGAAUUAUUUUGAUAAUAUUGUAAAAUGUGAAAAUGAAGAAGAUACGAAAUAUGUCAAUUUUGGAUUAAAUGAGGAAAAAGAAAAAGCUUCAAAAUAUAAUAAAACGAAAAAAACUGAAUGCAUGGGAAAGGAUGAAGUAGAACAAAAUGAGAGUAUAGAAUUUGCAGACAUUUCAAAUGAGUUAUCAAAUUUUUAUUUCCUUCAAAAUGAAGAGGAAGAAAUAAAAAAUGAAGGAGAUUGUUUGCAAAGAAAUAUGACAAAAAGAUUAAAUUUGGAAAAAAAUGAAAAAAAAAUAUUUGAAGAGUUAAUAAAGUAUUGUGAAAAGUAUAUAAAUGUAGAUAUAAAAUAUACAAGUCAUAAUAUUGGUUUUUUUUUUAUAUAUAAUAAAAAUGAAGGUGUAAGUUAUUAUAUAUUAAUAUUAUUAGCUAGAUUUCGAACUCAAUUAGAUAUUAGCAGCUUUUCUUCAUUAUUAUCAAAAUCUUGUUUAAUACAUUUGAAUUUCGAAUUUUCCAACAAAAAUAAAAGAUAUGUAAACAAAUUAGAAACAUACCAGACAAACACAAGUUAUUAUUAUAAAAUAGGAGAGUAUAUUGAGGAAAGUAAUAUAAACAUAGAUGAUGUAAAAUUAAAUGGAAUAGAUAAAGAUAGAUCAUACAAUUGUAUUGAGAAGUAUAACUUAAAUAGUGAAAUUGAGUUUUACAAUAAUAAAAUUGAAACAAAUGAUUUAGAUAAAUUUUCUAAUAUUCCAGAUUUUGAAAAGAUGAAUAAUAAUGAAAAUAAAAGUGUUGAUGUGAAAACCCCCAAAAAUAUAAGACACAAUAUAAAGGGAAUAUAUCUAAGUAACAAAAUAAAUUAUAGUAUGAUAAAUUGUGAUAAUAAAACAGCUGGAAGUUAUAUUUUAAUUAAAUAUAAACCAACUGUUGGUACCUCACAAGAAUGUUAUAUUAUAAUACGAAGCGAAAUAUUUGGAGAUUUUAUUUAUUUUUUAAAGGGUGGGUAUAUAGAAGAAAAAAAAAUAAAAGAAAGAAUAGUAAUACAUAAUUCAUUUUGCUUAUAUAAUUUUAAUAUCAAUUUAUUUAAUCCAUUUUCUUCAAAAAUAUAUGUAAAAUGUAUGCUCAAAGCAGUUAGGAGUAAAAACCAUAUGCAUAAUGAUGGGAAUGAAAUAAAAUGUCUAAAAAUGUACAAGGAAGCGAGAAGUAAAGAUAUUGAAAAUGAGAAGGAACUGAAAGAAAAAGUGAUAUUAAAUACGAAAUAUAAAUAUUUUAAAUUAUUAAGUAAUGAAAAUUUUAAAAUAAAAAAAAGAAAGCACUUUUCUAUUUUUUCGACUUAUUUUUGCAAAUAUGCAAAAUCGAUGGAAAAGUUGCUAAUAUUAUUAUACCCUAUACAUAAUAAAAGAAAAGAAAAUAAGAGUAAGCAAUAUAUAAUAUAUGAAUAUGAGUUAUUUUUUAAUAAUACAAAAAGUGAAUUUUUUCCUGAAAAAUAUCGUAUAAUAAUGGAUAAAAAGGAAGAAGAAAAUAAUUUAGACAAUAUCGAACAUAUUUGUAGUAAACAAUUGAAUUACAUUUCAAAUGAAAUGUCAAAAUGCUCAUCAUUUGGUUGUAAUGAUAUAGAAGAUUUGGGGGUAGUUAAAAAGGAUAGUGAAUCAGAAAUUGCAUGGAUUGAAGAUAAUUUAGAACAAGUUGAAUCGGAUGGUUAUAGUACAAUAGAAGUAAGUUCUAAAACAAACAACCAUAUACUUUAUUUAGACAAAGUAAGCAUAUCUGAUUCAUCAGAGGUAGGAAUAGAAGAGUGUUAUGAAAGGGAAGUGGAAAUGAAUAAUAAGUUUCAUAAAAAUGGAGAUGCGAUAAAUAACAAAGAAGUUGUUUAUUCUGAUGGUAAAAUAUUUAUUCAAAGUAUUUGUAUGGUUAAAACUAGUAUGAACAUAUUUAUAAAUAAAAAAAAUAUUGGAGAAAUGGAAAAAUAUUAUCACACAAUAAAAGAGUUAGAAAAAAAAAAACAGGAAAAAAAUAUUAUGCAUCGAAAUAUUUUACUGGAAAAAUCAAAUUAUAAAAUAUUUUUUCUAAAUCUAACAAAUUUAAAAAGUUCUGACAAGAUAGAAGAAAAUUGUAAAGACAAUUAUGGGAAUGAAGUUUUAAAUAAUAUUCUUUUUAAUAUGAAUGAAAAUAUAUUAAAUAAUUUUCUUUAUAUAAAUAUAAUUGAAGAUAAAGAAAGUUAUUUGGUUAUCAGUUUGGAAUUAUUAGCAGAUAUUCCAUUUCAUUGUAACUUUUUUGUAAUGAUUAAAAAAGUGGAAAUUAAGGAAAAGAAUGAAGAUGUAUUAAAUGUGGAAAAUGAUGAAAGAUAUCAAUAUGAAAAUGAUGAUAAAAUAUUAAAAGUUAAAUCAAUAAAAAGUGAAAAAAUAAAAGAAUUUGUAACAAUUGAAAAAAAUUAUAUAUUUUUAGAAAUAUUUAACUAUAUCAAUAUAUCAAAAAAAUGUAUAAAUAUAUAUAUAGAUAAUAAUUUAUAUUCAGAAACAAAUUUAAAUAUUUUUUAUAAGAAUAAUAGUGAUUCGUAUUUCGAUGCUUAUAUAGUUGGUUAUAAUCAAUUACGAGAUAAAACAAAUUCAGAUGGAAUACAUAAUUAUAGUAUUAUACCAAAACAAGGAAUAUUAAAAUAUAAUAGUUUUAAUAAAUUUAUGAUUACUAGAACGAAUAAAAUAAACAUUAUGGCAUUUAACAGUUCAUUUUUAUUAUUAAUUAAAACAGAAAACAAUAUUUUUUCUUAUAUAAUUUCUUCGCAUUUUACACCUUCCCAUGAGUUAUAUACUGAGAAUGAGAAAAAUAUAAUACGAGAUAUUUUAAAAGCGAACCGCACAAAAUUUAGCAUUUUUUUCAACGAAUUUAAACAGGAAAAAAGAGAAAGUAGAAUAUUUAACAAAAAAGAUGAAAUAAUAAUUUAUGAUAUUUCAGAAUCAAAUGAAAUACAAAGUGGGUAA